UGCGCGACAAAAGGAAUCCGGGAAGGGCCGGACCGGACUGGGACGAGACGAGUAAAGGCGCAGCAAGUGUGAGGCGCGGAGGCCGGGGAAGCGGUGAGUCAUACGAGUCCAAAUAAGUAAAGAUUCUGGAUUCUAAAAUGUGAAAGUCACGUUAGUUGAAUCCUUUGGAAUGGAUCGAAAUAAAAGAAAUUCAAUAGCGGGUUUGCCAUCAAGACAUGAACGACUGGAAGAUUUUGAUGGCAGCAGAGAAGGUGGUGGCAUUGGUCAAUCAGCGUUUCCUUCAUCCUACAGAGCCUUAAGUAAUGCUGUCUCCAGACUUACUAGGCUUGAUGACUUCACCUGUGAAAAAAUUGGAUCUGGAUUUUUUUCUGAAGUCUACAAGGUGUGCCACAGAAUAUCGGGGCAAGUAAUGGCACUAAAGAUGAACAAAAUAAUCAGUAAUAGAGCAAACAUGCUGCGGGAAGUGCAAUUAAUGAAUCGUCUUUCUCAUCCCAAUAUUCUCAGGUUUAUGGGUGUUUGUGUACAUGAAGGCCAACUGCAUGCAUUAACUGAGUACAUCAAUAGAGGGAACCUUGAACAGUUGUUGGACAGCAGUGAUCAUCUUUCCUGGCCUGUUCGGGUCAUGAUAGCACGCGACCUUGCUUCUGGACUCAGCUAUCUGCAUUCGAAGGGUGUCUUUCAUCGGGAUCUGACUUCUAAGAACUGUUUAAUUAAAAUGGAAGACGGUAAAUACACUGGAGUGCUGGGUGACUUUGGUCUGGCAGAGAAAAUUCCGGACAAUUUGAAUGCAGAAAGGCUGUCAGUGGUUGGAUCACCUUUUUGGAUGGCUCCAGAAGUGCUGCACAGUCUGCCCUAUAAUGAAAAGGCCGAUGUAUUUUCAUAUGGAAUUAUUCUGUGUGAAAUUAUAGCUCGGAUACAAGCUGACCCUGAUUAUCUCCCUCGAACAGUGAAAUUUGGAUUAGACUACGAUGCAUUUCAGAACAUGGUAGGGGACUGCCCACCCAGCUUCCUUCAACUUGCCUUCAAUUGUUGCAAUAUGGAUCCAAAGCUUCGCCCAUCCUUUCCAGAAAUAGUAAAUAUGAUAGAACUGAUUAUAUCACAACUACAAGAUGAGGAGCAAGAUGGAUGCAUUAGCAGUGAAGAAAGUAUGGAGAGCAAGCCAAUCAAUCUACAAAAAAGUGCUGAAGAGAAAGGACAGGCAAUAAAAAGGUGCAGCCCUCUGGCAAUUCCGACUGAUAACAUACCACCUAAAUCACCUCGGCCACGUCGUAAUAUAUGGCUUUCUCGUAGUCAGUCUGACUUCUUUACCCGAAAGGUCAGCCGGAAGAUUAAUGUCCAAGAUCCGUACUACACUCCUACCAAGGGAACUGCACACAAAAUUAACCCAUUCAUUGCAAGGGAGGACUUGAAAGGUGGAAAAAUAAAAUUUGUGGACACACCAAGUAAAUCGGUAAUAUCACUAACGUUCGAUCUGCCUUCACCAGAUUCUGUUGACUAUUCAUUCACUUCAAUGUCCCAAGUCAAGCAGAACUUUUUUGGCGAUUUUCAAGAAACUCUUCUCUGUGAGCGACGGUAUCGAUCCCUUCCAGGUUCACCUGAUUUGCCAACAAAAGAAUGUCACAGUUUUGGGCCCUUUUCAUUAACGUUGGGGAAGUGUGACCCAUUGCAGGUUGGAACUGAUGUAAGGCAGAAAGGGUCAAACAGCUCCAAAUAUUCUGCAUCGGAAAUUCCACCAUUUAAACGUAAACUUCAAACUCAGCAAUCUUUAGCAUCAGAACAGCAUGAUGCUGUGGACUGUUCAGGGAUCGAGAAUGUACCAGGUGUAAAUGACCUAUGCACGGUUAGCAGAACACAAUUAAUAACCUUAAAAACCAAUGAAAGCUUGACUCUUCAUGUUCCGGAGAGUCUCGAUUGUAAUCGUACAGCAGGAGGUGAUGAGCCAAAUUUAAAUGGUACCUCGUACAGCAACUGGAAUCGCUCAACUUCUGGUGAAGAAAUGGAGGAGCAAGAAAUGCAGAGAGACAUGUCAAAAUUAGCAAUACCAGAAUCCAAAUCAUCUUUUAGUGUCAGUAUUGCACUGGAGCGAGAUGAAAUGGACCCUGGUAACUGUGCUGUCUAUGCAGCUGAAGCAUCCGAUAGGGAAGGGCAUUCAUCUGUGGUGCUGGCUCCAUGCAUGGCUUCAAAUCCAUGUCACCUCCAGUCAAAAUGCGAUAUUUGAAGGCACAUUUAUGAAUAUUGUACAGAGGUUUCAUAACAGUACUUUUUUGCUUAAUUAAAAAAAUCCAGUUUUUAUUUUGGUAUGAAGGAUGUGAAAGUCUAGAAUUCCAAAGCAAUUUUCAAAUGUGGAUGCUGGUACUAUGGAUGUUAGUCUAUUCUGAGCAAUCAUUUGAUAUUUGGUGGUUGGCCAGUAAUAUAAAUUGUUAUAAUUUAUUCAGGUAAACCUUUUCCAUCUUGUUAUUUCAAACAUUUUAUGGAAAUAGCAUCAUAAACCAGCUGUAGGUAUCUUCUACUAAAUAUGAUCUGUGCACAAGCCAUAUAUACCCCAGCACCAUUCAGUAUUUAUGGGCUCGAAAAAUGUUUUGUACAGAUCAGCUGACUUUUUUUCAACCUGAAAGCAAAUAAAACAUUUUAGUUUUUUCUCUUGUGGACUUAAAUAGUCAUGCUGGCUUCCUUUUUGAAUUUGAAUUUGUGCUAAAUUGAGAUUCUUUUUUCUAAAAAUUAUACUUUUAUUUUAAGUAUUAUUUAAAACCAUUUAAUCAUAUUUUCAUGUUGCAUCCAAGCCUGCCUUAGAUAAAAUUACUGUUGCAUUUAAGAAUAGCCUGCAAAUCCAAAGAUACCAGUGUGUGUAUAUAUAUAUAUACUAAACCACAUUGUGUCAAUGCGAUCUUCUGUCCACACACGGGAUAUAGUUUUUGAUUACAUUUGUUUUAUUUUAAAUGACAAAGUGGACCACAAAUGUUUCUUCUUACGAGAAAAGCACUUCAUCACUUUCUUUUCUAUAGCUUGAAAGAUGCUACUACUGUAUAUUUUGUAUUUCAACCUGGACUACUGUAACUAGAGUUGGAUGUAUUGCCGCAAGGUGCCAUGUACAUAAUUGUUUAUGAUGGGUCAAUUCACAGAAUUAGUGCAAACAUUUUUUUAAUUUGCAAAAAAAACCAAGGUGUGUUUAUCUUUUACUGUGCAAUCAAUUCCAUUGUAAUGAGAUUUUAUUUGAAUUGGUUUUCUUCCCUUGAUCUCUUCCAAAAAUGUGAACCCCUCUUGCCUAUUGCUUUGUAAAUGGCCGCUGUGCCAUGGUUCAAAAGUGAUUUGUUUCCUGCUUCCCUCAUUUUACCCCGUGCAUACGACCCUGCCCAGAUGCUUGCUACUCUACCCUGUGGAGUAUCCUUUUUAUUUAAUCAAUUAGAUUUUAAUAAUGGAUGUGAAUUACGGAACAAUUUUAUUGUUACAUUUUUGUUUAACCAAGGUCUGGAUUUAACGUAGAUUUGAAAUCUUCAUGAAGAUAAAUUAGACCAUACAGUUUGCACCUUUGAUGGUAAGGUUACCUGGGAUUAUUGUAACCCAUGGUUCAAAUUUAUUCCAGAUUUUCCGACAGCUAUGCAUUUUGUGUACAAAUCUGACAUUUUCUACCCCAAUCAGUUUUGAUAUAUUGAACAGAUGGGAAAUGUAUUGCCAAGUGUUCAGACCCAUGAAAUUAAAUUCAUUAAGCAUUGCUUCUUUUUUUUUUUUUUAAAUAGCAUUAUUUUAGUAGUUUUAUUUGUGUACAAUUAUUUUGUGACUUGACCAGUUUUCUUCUUGAAUAACAUCCGAAGAAACAAUCCAGUGCUAAUCUGUUUACACUUCUGUUUUCUUAAAGAUCUUUAGUUUUUAAACAAAGUUCAUUCUUAAAAUUCACAUGUUAUUCAGACUACUUGAAGGGCAUGGAUUGUUAAAUCUUGUACAAUUUACUUUCUAACCCUUUUAAAAAUUUGUUAUGGUCAUUUUCUAUUUUUCUUCUGCACUGGAGGUUUGCAAGACAAAUGCACAAUUCAAUGCUAUGGUGAAAAUGGUUCAUAAUAUUCAUUUAGUUGUGGUAUUGAAGCAUGACCAAGUAAUCUAAUACCAGAAUGAAAAGGUAAUUCUCUGCUUCUGUUCAAUUGACCAUGUUUCUUACUCAAAGAUAAUUAUAGAAGUUGCACUAUGUUAUUCCUUCUGACUUUAUAAUUGCAGCCUUGUGUGAGGGUGAAAUGCUGCAUGUUGCAGCAUAGAUUAUCUUUUACUUUAAUGAGCUUUACUUCUAGGAUACAGCUACAUUUGCCAUGCACCAUCUUUCAAUUGGAUUAGGGUUACCACAACAUCUUAAGCGAGAACCAAUGCAACUUUGUACUUUUAACUGUUUGUCUCUUAAAAUGCCUUUCUUUUGGCUUUAUUAUUGGCUAAAAUUGUGUUAAUUGUUCCCAAAUAGAAUGUUAAACAGUGUGGAAACAAACUAGUGGAUUACUGAUAUCAGGUGGACAUAAAUACUAUAUACUGAUUUAUAACUACUUCCAAAUCUAUCAUUAAACUAAAAAAUGAAAGAAUUGUUGCACAACAAAGGCACGGGAACGGUUUAUAUGAGAAUGUAAAAUGUGAGGGAUGAUGGAGAUUUAAAAAUUCUAGAAAGUCUCAGCAUUUCAGGUUGCAUCUUUGGAAAGAGAUAGUAGAUCCUCGUAGGUGCUAAAUGUUCUAUUGAUUUCUCUUAUUUGUUUUUCUGCAUCUUCAGCUUAAUAUUUUUUUCCAUUUACUGGUGACGGCAGGGUCUCAUUGCUUCUGUACCAUUUUUCUGUUAGUACUUGAACCAGACUACACUCAUUGCAAGGCAAACAAACAGCUGUCACUUGAAAGAUUAUUAUAGACUUAAAUUCAGAAUAAUAUUUAUUUACUUGUAUUCCAUUGCUACUUCUACCUAAGGGUGCCUUGACGUCAUGUAUGUUAUUAACUCAUACUUAAAACAUUCUGAUUCCUCCUUGCCCUUUUUGACUCCCGAUCCAUCAAGUUUUGUACAAGCCUCAACCUAUUUGAGAACCUGCCUGUGAUCUGCUGGGUUACCAUUCUUCUUGAUAAAAAAUGAAGGUGAUUGUUUAACAAAAAUGGGACCAUCCAAAUGUCUUGGUUUUCUGUAAUGUCCAGAAUAUGCGCAAGACUCCAUUUAUAUAUUUUGAAUUGAUUCUUGAAGAUUUGUAGAAGUGUCUCAACUUGAUGCAUACUGUGGUUGAAGUGUACAAUGUAAAUGCGCAAACAUGUAUGACAUGCUGUAGUUACAUACAUGCACUUGUGUUUUUCCCAAGGUUUUGCACCACUUAAAAUUGCUGGAACUUAGAUACUGGAAAAAUGACACAUUUUUGAUCAAAAUGAAACUACACAGGCAAUUGAGUAGUGCAUUAAAUUCCUAAUUUGUACCUAAAUGUAAAAUUUUGCACAGCUUUCCAUUUCUGAAUUGAGAAUUCUUGCUAUUUUGCAUUCCAGAAAUGGAACCAGGUAUGAAAGGGCAGAAACUAAGUGAGAUUGAAUUUUAAAUCUGACUCUGGUUUUCUUUAAUCAAUGUAUAAAUAGCUAUUUAGUACUGCUGUACUAUUAGGAAAGGUGCCAGUUAUCAAAAACAAGGAAGGUCUAUCACACAGCUAUAGUGUGUAACUGAACAAAAACAUUUAAUUUAAGGAAUAUUUAGCUGAACACCGUCCAAGAUCUGAUUAUUUUCUCAUGUAAUAUUAUAGUUUUAAAAUGUUCAAUAUAAUAACCGCAAAUAAUUUUAUUGAGCUGAAAGCCUGGCCUUUAAUACCCUGGGUAAAAUUGCAUGUAACAAAUGUAACUCAAAUUAUCUUCAAAUUUCUGGCUGCAAGAUAAUUUCUCAGUAUCGCUAAAGAGAAAACUGAAUGUCCUAACAUCUAAUACUGACAUUGUAUUCUGUAGCUGAAGGAAAAUCUGAGUUGUCCCUGAACAAAAUUAUGUAAAAUUGUCGUAGAAAAGGCACUACCUACACAAAUUGCCCUACCUUUUCUCUGUAGAUUUCAGAUCUUUUCAUUUGAAGGAUUAAUCCAAACUUCAUUUCCAAACUUGGAGGGAUAUGCUGAAGCUUGCACAAUGGCUUUUGACAAGGUGCAGAUUAAUUUUUUAGGCAUCUCCACUUAACUAUUUACUACUGAGUUAUUUUCAUAAUUAUGCUUGUGCUGUCUGUACAUGGAUUCUUAAAGUAUAUACAAAUAUAUACCUGUACUUGGGACCCUCUGUGUAACAAUAAAAAUCCAUAUAGGAUAUUUGUAAUAUACUGUGAAGCCAUCCCUUCUCUCUGCAAUAUGAAGGGGGACUUCCACCUGGAAUCCACCACAUCGCUGUGGGCCAUGCAUGCAGUUUCAGAUGGUGUGCGAGUUCAGAGAUGAAUUGCACAAAUCACUAUUGGGGAUGGUGUAAAGACACAGGAUCUUUGAGAAAUGUGAUGGCCCAAUUGAAAAAUGAUUAUGAGUUUGAUCUGUGCUCAGAAAAGGCUAUUAAAUUGUUUUCUUUACAAUUU